CACCUUUUACCUUUGCAAGCUACGGUGUUGAAGACAGAGCCUGGUUCCCUCCCCGAAGGAAAAGUGACAAUCAAACUGGAAAGUAAUGACACCAUACUUGUUGUGGAUGAGGACGAUGUUGAAAAGGCCAACCCUCCAUCGUACGAUCGCUCUGCAGAUCUGGCUUCUCUGCUCUACCUUAAUGAGUCCAGUGUGAUCCACUGCUUGAGGCAGCGCUACGGAGGAAACCUGAUCCACUCCUAUGCUGGAUCCAACAUGGUGAUCAUAAACCCCCUCAGUACACCCUCCAUGUACUCAGAGAAGGUGAUGCUCAUGUUUAAAGGCUGUCGUCGCGAAGACUCAGCUCCUCAUAUCUACUCUGUGGCCCAGUCAGCCUACCGUAAUCUUCUCACCACAAGGCAGGAUCAAUCCAUUGUGCUGCUGGGAAAGUCUGGCAGUGGAAAAACCACCAACUGCCAGCACCUUGUCCAGUACUUGGCGUCUAUUGCUGGCAGCACCGGCAAAAUCUUCUCUGCGGAGAAGUGGCAAGCAGUCUACACCAUCCUUGAGGCUUUUGGCAACACGUCUACCUCCAUGAACACCAACGCCAGCCGUUUCUCACACAUAGUGUCGCUGGACUUUGAUCAAGCAGGGCAGGUGGCUUCUGCCUCCAUUCAGACAAUGCUUUUGGAGAAAAUGAGGGUGAGCAGACGACCAGAAAACGAGUCAACCUUCAACAUUUUUUAUUACAUGAUGGAUGGAGCUGACAACACCCUGAGAACUGAGCUGCACUUUAACCACCUCGCUGACAACAACACCUUUGGCAUCAUUCCACAUUCCAAGCCUGAGGACAAGCAGCGAGCAUCACAACAGUUCACUAAAGUGCAGGCAGCCAUGAAGGUGCUGGGCAUCUCUGCUGAUGAACAGAAGGCUCUCUGGCUCAUCCUAGGCGCCAUUUGCCACCUGGGUGCUGCUGGAGCAACUCAAGGCGGACGCAGGCAGUUUGGCCGCCAUGAAUGGGCUCAGAAGGCGGCCUACCUGCUGGGCUGCACCUUAGAGGAGCUGACAUCGACUAUAUUCAAGCACCCUCCCAAAGGCUUGCAGCACUCCACCUCCUUCAGAGGAGGACCAGAUGAAACUACCCAAGGUGACAACUCAGGUUGUAAGGUCACAGCUGUGGAGUGUUUGGAGGCCAUGGCAUCGGGACUCUACUCAGAGCUCUUCACUCUCAUCGUCUCCCUUAUCAACAGAGCACUGAAGUCCAGUCACCACUCUUUGUGUUCCCUGCUAAUUGUGGACACUCCAGGAUUCCAGAACCCACAUCUCGCGCAGCAGCAGCGGGGAGCUACAUUUGAGGAGCUGUGCCAUAACUACACCCAGGAGAGGUUGCAGAGCCUGUUCCAUGAACGAACCUUUUUCCAGGAGGUGGAAAAAUACAAGGAGGAAAACAUAGAACUUGCUUUAGAUGACAUAGAGUCCACUCCUUCAGUGUCUGUAGCAGCUAUCGACCAAACCUCGCCGCAAGCUCUGGUGCGCACUCUGGCAAGAACAGAUGAAGCCCGGGGCCUCCUGUGGCUGAUGGAAGAGGAGGCAGGGAAUCCUGCAGGCUCCGAGGAAAGCAUGCUGGAGAGGCUCUUCAGCUACUAUGGCUCUGGCCAGGGGGAACGCAAAGGAGCAAAUCUGCUGCUGCGAGGACGGAAACCCUACUUCUUCCUGCUGGGUCACAGCAAUGGGACGGACUGGGUGGAGUACGACACCCAGGGCUGGCUGAGCCAUGCCAAGCACAACCCUGCCGCCCAGAACGCUGCCACCCUGCUGCAGGACUCCCAAAAGAAGAACAUCAACGGGCUGUUCAUGGGCCGAGCCAGUGGAGCCACCGUCUUGUCAGGUUCUAUCGCUGGUCUGGAGGGCCGCUCUCAGCUGGCCCUGCGGCGGGCCACCAGCGUGAGGAAGACCUUCACCACGGGUGUGGCUGCUGUCAAGAAGAAGAGCUUGUGUAUUCAGGUCAAACUUCAGGUGGAUGCUCUAAUUGACAUGGUGCGUCGCUCCAAGCUCCAUUUUGUCCAUUGCCUGUUGCCCAAAGUCCAGACUGUCAGUGAGUCAGGUGUUCCUCCUGGAGAAAGUCUGGAUGCAGGCCUCAUGACUUUGGAUGUGGGUCUUCUAAGAGCUCAGCUUCGAGGAUCCAAACUGUUGGAUGCAUUGCGCAUCUACAGACAAGGAUACCCAGACAAUAUGGUGUUUUCGGAGUUCCUCAGGCGUUUUGAUGUCCUGGCACCACAUUUGAGCAAGAAGCAUGGACAUCAGUUCAUAGUGACGGAUGAGAAGCACGCAGUGGAGGAAUUGCUGGAGUGUUUGGAUUUGGAGAAAAGCAACUACCACAUGGGACUAAGCAGGGUGUUCUUCAGAGCAGGGACUUUGUCCAGGCUGGAGGAGCAGAGGGUAGUUCAGACCAGAAGGAACAUAUCUCUGUUUCAGGCUGCCUGCAGGGGGUAUUUGGCCAGACAAGCAUUUCAAAAGAGAAAGAUCCAGGAUCUGGCCAUCCGUUGUAUCCAGAAAAACAUCAUGAAGAAUCGUGGUGUCAAAGGUUGGCCGUGGUGGAAACUUUUGGCUACGGUCAGACCUCUAAUUGAGGUCCAGCUCACUGAGGAACAAAUCCGUAGCAAGGAUGAAGAGAUCCAGCAGUUGAAGCAGAAGUUGGAGAAAGUUGAGAAAGAGAGGAGUGAACUGAGACUCAACAAUGACCGCCUGGAGAGCAGGAUCACGGAGCUAUCAUCAGAGUUGACUGAUGAGCGGAAUACUUGGGAGUCCGCCUCUCAAAUGCUGGAGACUGAAACAUCUGAGAGACUGCGUCUGGAGAAAGACAUGAAGGACCUGCAGACCCGCUUUGAUAGCAUGAAGAAAGAGACGGAGUCUAUGGAGAUGGAAGUGAUGGAAGCUCGUCUCAUCAGAGCCUCAGAACUCAACGGAGAGUUGGAUGAUGACGAACCAGGAGGAGAGUGGAGGCUGAAAUAUGAACGAGCCAUCAGAGAAAUUGAAUUGACAAAGAAGAGACUUCAACAGGAGUUUGAUGACAAACUGGAAGAAGAGCAGCAAACUAGACGGCAGCUGGACAGAAGGAUCAGCGACCUGCAGGACGAUAACGAAGAAUCCCAGCGAAAUAGUCAGCUGCUAAAGAAGAAAGCACAGAGACUGACGGCCGAACUGCAGGACACUAAACUUCACUUGGAGGGCCAGCAGAGCCGCAACCAUGAUCUGGAGAAAAAGCAGAGGAGGUUCGACAGUGAGCUGAGUGCCGCCCAAGAAGAAGUCCAGAGGGAGAAGACCUUGAGGGAGAAACUGGGCCGUGAGAAAGACAUGCUGACUGGAGAGGCCUUCAGUCUCAGACAGCAGUUAGAGGACAAGGACUUGGAGAUUUGUGCAGUUAACCUGAAGUUGGAGCAGCUGGAGGCGGAGCUCCAGGACCUCAACUCCCAGGAGUCCAAGGAUGAGGCAUCACUGGCUAAGAUUCGCAAGCAGCUCCGUGACAUGGAGGCAAAAGUGAAAGAUCAAGAAGAGGAACUGGAUGAACAAGCCGGAACCAUCCAGAUGUUGGAACAGGCUAAGUUACGUCUGGAGAUGGAGAUGGAACGUCUGCGUCAAACACAUUCUAAAGACAUGGAGGCCAAAGAUGAUGAACUUGAUGAAAUAAGACAGUCGUACAGCAAGAAGUGGAAGCAAAUGGAGGUCCAGCUGGAGGAAGAAUACGAGGAGAAGCAGAAGGUGCUGAAGGAGAAAAGAGAGCUGGAGUCCAAGCUCCUGUCAGCUCAGGACAAGGUGAGAAGUGGUGAUAUUGAGACUGAGAAACGUCUGAGGAAAGACCUGAAGAGGACCAAGACCCUGCUGGCUGAUGCUCAGAUGAUGUUGGAGCACGUGAAGAACAAUGCACCCAGCAAGAGGGAGACUGCCCAACUCAAGAACCAGCUGGAGGAGUCUGAGUUCACCUGUGCUGCUGCACUUAAAGCCCGCAAGUCCAUGGAGGUGGAGAUUGAAGACUUGCAUCUUCAAAUGGACGACAUCUCUAAAUCCAAACAGGCGCUGGAGGAGCAGAUGAGUCGUCUGCAAAGGGAGAAGAAUGAGCUGCAGACACGGAUGGAGGAAGACCAGGAGGAUCUGAAUGAGUUGAUGAAGAAACACAAGGCUGCUGUGGCUCAGUCCGCACAGAACCUGGCUCAGAUCAGUGACCUACAAGGCCAGUUGGAGGAGGCCCUCAGGGACAAGGUGGAUGCACACGAGAGGAUGCAAGCCCUCCAGAGUCAGCUGGACUUCCAGGAGCAGUCCAUGGUGGAGAAAUCCCUGGUGAGCCGUCAGGAGGCCAAAAGCCGUGAACUGGAAACUAAGCUGGACUUUGAGAAGACCCAGGUCAAACGUCUGGAGACCCUCGUAGCGCGUCUCAAGGAGAACUUGGAAAAAAUGACAGAGGAACGAGACCAAUGCAGUAGCAGCGAGAUCCGGGAUAAAGAAGCGAGCAAACGAUUGCAAAGGCAGAUACGCGACAUGAAAGAGGAGAUGAGUGAACUUGCCAAAAAGGAAGGAGAGGCCAGCCGCAAAAAGCACGAGCUGGAAAUGGACAUUGAGAGCUUGGAAGCUUCAAAUCAGAGUCUGCAGGCAGACCUAAAACUGGCCUUCAAACGGAUUGGUGACCUCCAGGCUGCCAUCGAGGACGAAAUGGAGAGUGAUGACAAUGAAGACCUGAUCAACAGGUACAUUGACUUUCACACAUUGAUGACAAUGAAGACCUGAUCAACAGGUACAUUG